AGCGUUGUUUUCCGCCAUUUUGCGUUUCACGUGCAAACGAUACGGGAACGUUCGUGCAGCAAAUUCAAUUUGCUUAAUUUUUCGUCAGUGACUGCUAUUGAAAAGCAGUACGACUCCAACCAUGGCAGCAUACAAGGGACAGAAAGUGCAGAAGAUUAUGGUUCAACCUAUUAACCUUAUCUUCAGAUAUUUGCAAAAUAGAUCAAGAGUACAAGUAUGGUUAUAUGAUCAGAACAACAUGCGGAUAGAAGGCCACAUUAUCGGUUUUGACGAAUACAUGAACUUGGUCCUAGAUGAAGCAGAGGAAUUCCACCUCAAGACCAAAUCCAGAAAACCACUAGGGAGAAUAAUGCUGAAAGGAGACAACAUCACGUUAAUACAGAACGUCCAAGAGUAGCCAGCUGUGUACUCAUCUACAGUGUAUUCCCAGUAGGGAAUCCCAAGUUGGAACCGGAGAAACCAUUUUGUAUAUAACUGUUGAACCACAGGCUUUUUCAUCAAACUUUUAAUUACUUGUUUUGUGACAAGUAUCAAACAAAGUGUCUUAAAUGAUUUUUCAACCUUUAAAAAAUUCUUGAGGAUGAAAAAUCCCAUCCUUCCAUCAUAAAUAUAAAGUACAUUUUGAGUGUUAUGAAAUCUACCAAAAUAUUUCAUUUGUAUUUCUUUGGUAUUAAUUUUCUUUAUGUGUGCGUGGAUGUGUGUAGAUAUAAGUAAUAUUCCCCAUAACUAUCCUGAUUCCACCAAAAUACAACCUUAGUAUUGCAGUAUUCUGAUAGAUUUUAUAGGUUGUAAAAAGCUGCACUUUUACUGCACAUCAGGCUUGAUGUCCUUGAGCAGUUAAAAGUACCAAAAAAGUGGCCAUUAAAGCAUAGCAUUAAUUUCGUGGAUUAAAACAUUCCCAGUUAUCAUUCAAACUGAAAAUAAGAGGUGACAAAAAACAUUUUUUGGUAAAAAAUGUAAACACCGAUUCUCAGAGUAGCAAUACAGUUUCGUUGGUGGAUAUGUGUGUUUCAGGGUAUUCAUAAAAAUGAAGCCGUUGCAGAUUUAUUCAUUUCUGUUAUACAGUAAAGUUUGACCAAUUUUGCAUAAAUCCAGUUGCAUACUAUCAUUGGAUUCACAAUGUAAAACGGUUUAGCAAUCAAAGAAUAUCAGAUUAGUUUGCUCUAUAAAGAAUGUGGAUGAGGUUGAGACAUUGUUUUACAAUUGAAACACGACCUGUGAGAGUGGUAACUUGACAUCAUUGAUGCAUGUUACCAGGUAUACACUGCUUUGACGAAAGUUCCAUUCCAUUCUGUAAAUUCUGAUUUACAGGUGUUAUUUUUUAUGGCAAACACAAGUUCAUGUUAGUUUCAAUCCUUGGUUUAUUUCUGUAACUAGUUUUUAGUUUAAUAUCUAACAUGGUUUGACAAGUACAAACAUAAAAGGCACCAUAUAGGCAGUUAUAAAUACAUCGUUGGGAAAAAAUAAACAGGUUUUUGUACAUAUA